CGAAUAUGGUGAAUGAUGAAGUGGUAAUUUAGUAUCCUCGAAAUUGACUCAUUUGGACAAUAUUUCUUGAGAAAAGAAUAUUUCCAAUGUCUACUCUGCGACCGUGACAUCUUAGGCGACGCAUGAAGUCGUAAGACAGAAAUAUUUUAAAGGUUACCUGGCGUUUACGCUAUUUUUAAUACAGGACGUGGAAACAAUCAGGAAAUCGAAAAUGAGCGGAAUGGGCAAAGGCGUCAAGAAAGAUACGAAGAUGCGUAUCCGAGCCUUUCCAAUGACAAUGGAUGAGCGGUAUGUUAACAACAUAUGGGCACUAUUGAAGAACGCCAUUCAGGAAAUACAGAGGAAGAACAACAGUGGCUUAAGUUUCGAGGAGUUGUACCGCAAUGCUUACACCAUGGUCCUUCACAAACAUGGUGAAAAACUGUACACAGGGCUGAGAGAGGUCGUGACAGAUCAUCUUAUUAAAAAGGUUCGAGAAGAUGUACUAGGAUCUUUAAAUAAUAACUUCCUGCAGACUCUAAACAGUGCAUGGAAUGACCAUCAGACAGCCAUGGUCAUGAUCAGGGAUAUUCUCAUGUACAUGGACCGUGUGUACGUCCAGCAGAACAGCGUGGACAAUGUGUAUAACCUGGGGCUCAUGAUCUUCCGAGACCAGGUGGUGAGGAACCCUGUCAUACGGGAUCACCUGAGGACCACGCUGCUGGACAUGGUGGCUAAGGAGCGGCGGGGAGAGGUGGUCGACAGGGGGGCUGUGAAGAACGCCUGUCAAAUGUUGAUGGUGUUGGGCAUUGAUUCACGGUCAGUUUAUGAGGAGGACUUUGAGCGGCCAUUCCUUGACCAGUCGGCGGAGUUCUACAGGUCUGAGAGUCAGAAAUUCCUGGCUGAGAACAGUGCCUCUGUGUACAUCAAGAAGGUGGAGGCGAGGAUUAACGAGGAAGCGGAGAGAGCCAGACAUUAUCUGGACAAGACGACGGAGGAGCCCAUCGUCCGGGUUUUGGAAGAUGAGCUUAUCAGUAAACACAUGAAGACAAUAGUAGAGAUGGAAAACUCUGGAGUUGUUCACAUGCUGAAAAAUAACAAAACAGAAGAUCUUGCCUGUAUGUACAAGCUGUUCAUUCGUGUACGCGAGGGGCUGAAGACUAUGUGUGACUGCAUCAGUGCAUACCUGAGGGAACAGGGCAAGGCUCUGGUCACAGAAGAAGGUGAUGACAGUAAGAAUGCUAUCACAUAUAUACAGAAUUUACUGGAUUUGAAGGACAGAUUCGACCAUUUCCUACACGAGUCUUUCAAUGACGACAAACAAUUUAAACAGAUGAUCUCCAGUGAUUUCGAGUACUUUGUCAACCUCAAUGCCAAAUCUCCAGAGUACCUCUCCCUGUUCAUAGAUGACAAACUAAAGAAGGGUGUCAAAGGGAUGUCAGAACAGGAAAUCGAGAACGUGCUGGACAAAAGCAUGGUGCUAUUCCGCUUCCUUCAGGACAAAGAUGUCUUUGAACGUUACUACAAACAGCAUUUGGCAAAACGUUUACUGCUCAACAAAAGUGUAUCAGAUGACUCUGAGAAGAAUAUGAUCUCCAAACUUAAGACUGAGUGUGGUUGUCAAUUUACUUCCAAGCUAGAGGGCAUGUUCAAAGACAUGACAGUAUCCAAUACAACAAUGGAAGAAUUCAAGAACCAUAUACAACAGUCAGAGACUAACCUUCAUGGAGUAGAUUUAUUUGUUCGAGUUUUAACAACUGGGUUCUGGCCAACUCAGUCUGCUACCCCACAAUGCAGUAUUCCUCAUGCCCCGAGAAUGGCAUUUGAAACGUUCAGGAGAUUUUAUUUGGCCAAACACAGUGGAAGACAACUGACUUUACAGCCUCAGCUGGGUUCAGCAGAUCUCAACGCCACAUUUUUCGGCGCAAAGAGAGAAGACAGUGGAGAAAACGGAGCGUCCAGUGUUUCAAAGACAGGACCUCGCAAACACAUCAUCCAAGUGUCCACAUACCAGAUGUGUAUACUGAUGCUGUUCAACAAUAGGGAAAAAUGCACCUAUGAAGAAAUAAAGACAGAGACAGACAUACCAGAGCGAGACUUGAUGAGAGCAAUACAGUCUUUGGCUCUGGGAAAAAUCACACAGAGAAUUUUACACAAGGAGCCAAAGACUAAGGAAAUAGAAUCAGAUCACCUGUUCACAGUUAACGACCAGUUUACGUCAAAAUUGUACAGGGUGAAAAUUCAGACAGUCGCUGCAAAGGGAGAGUCUGAACCUGAGAGGAAAGAAACCAGAAGUAAAGUCGAUGAGGACAGGAAACAUGAAAUCGAGGCGGCCAUUGUGAGAAUCAUGAAAGCCAGGAAAAAACUACAACACAACGUGCUUGUAGCAGAGGUAACAGAACAGCUAAAGGCCCGUUUUCUUCCCAGUCCAGUGGUUAUCAAGAAGAGAAUCGAGGGCUUGAUAGAAAGAGAAUAUUUGGCACGAACUCCAGAUGAUAGGAAAGUGUAUACAUACGUUGCCUAAGAGCUGUUCAUUCCUGCCCUUGACCGCUGGACUGCCCAGCCCUCCGGUGGAUGCGCUGAUGCGCAAGAUACAGCCACCUUUCAAAAUGGAGUACUUAUAUAUAUAUAUAUGUGUGUGUAUGAAUAUUCACGGUGGCAAACGGUGCUGCAAGUGUGACUGAGACACUCAUCGUAUACAGACUCUUACACCUGUGCACUGUGUAGGGGUUAAAAAGAGAAACCGGUUAGCCAGGCUUGACCACUUGAGCCACAAGCCGCUAAAGGGUCUUAACUGUUUUCUCCCCCAAGAUCUUGGUUGGCUUCCUGAUCCGUGGACAUACCAACU